UUGGAGCGAGCUGCCCAGGAUGAGGACCCCGCUGCGGGGACAGGCUCGGACGGGCGGGAUGCUGUUCCCCUUCGCCCUCUGUCCCCUCUGCCCCUCGCCCCUGUCUCCCUCCUCGGACUCAUGAAGCCCCCCGCCGCUGAUGCAGGCCCGAGCUGCCGAAGAGAGGCGCGCAGAGGCCGGACGCAGCUUGGAGCAUGUACUGGCGUGUGGGGUUCGCCUGUACGCGCUCGUUUGUGCUUGAAUUUGGCGAGACCCAGGGCCUGUCCUCGUUCACCGGCCUUUUGCUGGGUGCCGCCUCCGACGAGCAGCUGUCGUUAUUCGGCUAUGUGAUUGCCUCGCCUCUGCAGGACUACGGCGGCGCCAUGGCAGCCCUGGGCUCGGACUCUUGGUGGAGGAAGACGCUGUAUUUGACUGGAGGGGCCCUGCUCGCUGCGGCUGCUUAUUUACUGCAUGAACUACUGACCAUCAGGAAAGAGGAAGAGCUGGACUCUAAGGAUGCCAUUAUUCUCCACCAGUUCUCCAGGCCCAAAUCUGGUGCUCCGUCUUUGUCCCCUUUCUGCCUUAAGAUGGAGACCUACCUCCGCAUGGUGGACCUACCUUACAAAAACUACUUUGAUGGGAAGCUCUCACCACAAGGAAAGAUGCCGUGGAUCGAGUACAACAGGGAGCAGGUGUUUGGGACAGAGUUUAUCAUUGAUUUUCUGGAGGAGCGUCUGGGUGUGAGUCUGAACAAGAGCCUGACGCCACAGGAGGUCGCCAUGUCUCGAGCUAUUACCAAAAUGGUGGAGGAACACUUCUACUGGACCAUAGCAUACUGUCAGUGGGUGGACAACCUGGAAGAGACCCAGAAAAUGCUGUCGGUGAGCGGGCCGCUGAGUGACGUUCUCAAGUGGAUCCUGAGUCACCUGACCGGAGGCAUCGUGAAGAGGGAAAUGUACGGACACGGCAUCGGACGAUUCUCUAAAGAGGAGGUCUAUGCGCUGAUGGAGAGAGACAUGCGCACACUUGCUACACUGCUAGGUAAUAAAAAAUACCUUAUGGGCUCUAAAAUUACAACAGUGGAUGUGACAGUGUUCAGUCACCUUGCUCCAGCCAUGUGGACGCUACCAGGAUCCAGACCAGAGCAACUUAUCAAAGGUGAGCUCAUUAACCUGGCCAUGUACUGUGAGCGCAUCCGACGGAGAUACUGGCCCGAAUGGUUUGUGGACCUAGAGGACUUGUACUACACAGACACUACAGAGCGCAGUGACUCCCCUUCCAAACUCCCCGACCUGGGCCUGUACUCGCGCUCUGACUGCUCCUCCCUCCUUCAGGAUGACUCCCCUUCCCUCGUCACCCCUGUCUCUGCCCAUAGCCCAGUCCCCCUUCACAGCCCUCAGUACAUUGAACAGACCCACUUGCCUAAAGACAUUGAGUCUCCAGACAGUGACCCCACGGGACAUUCUCUGUACGACUCGGAUAUGGACACUGAGUGCUCUGAAAUGGACCAGUUCAAAUGUUGACGAAGCAGAAAAAGUAGGAAACGUAGCGACACAUCGAGCACCUCUGACUGCUGGUGAAAUGCUUGUUCUCUCCAGUGCCCCUAGAGCAUGACCAGAGAGGUUUACGUACAGGUGGAAAGAGGGAUGAUAACGCAAACUGCAGUGGAGGUGAUUAAAUCUUUUAGGGAAAUCAGGAGUCAAUGAUGCCUCUGCUGAGUAACUCCUCCACAACUUUAUCUGCAGUCACAGUUUUUAACUUUAUCUAUCGGCAUGUUGCUGUAACCAUGGCAACUACACGUGACCCUGUGACCCCCAAAGCCGUCCAGCCUGUGUGUGUUAACAUAGACCACUGUACAGAACAAAUUCAAUGUACAUAUGAGCAAUUUGAAUCUUGAUAGAUAGAGAUAUACAAAGUAUAUAAAAUAUAAAUAGUAUAGAUAGCCUGCAAAUACGAGUCUCACAUUAGUGUAAAUAGCCAUUGUUGUGCCAGUUUGUCUUGACACAAGAGUUCAUCUGUUCAUUCCCAUACUGUCUACAUGAUUGUGAUGUAUUUGUAUAAAUGCCUUUAUUUAGUUAUUGAAAGUUCAGGAGAGCUAAGGACCAUAAGCACUUUGAAAAUUACUUUGCCAAACUAAAUUUCCUUAACUUCUCCCAAUAUUUAUUUUUAAUCAUUGACACUCAUAUCCAUUUUAUAAUACUGUUAUCACAUCUAAAGUCAAUUAGUCUAAAAUGCAUCCAACAUUCAAGCGAAUGGAACAAUCAUGUAGAAAUAGAUUUAUUCGAGAUUAAAAAUAUAUGUGCAUGGCUGGUACGUGCUAUGAAAAUCUCCCUUUACACCUGAUACUUUUAGUCAAACACGAUCUUAGUCUAAGUCAGUGGUGUUCAUUGAAUUUGUUGUCACUGGCUUCAGUUUGUUGAACAGUAGGUUGCUUGGAGGGGACAAAGCAAUAAGGGUCCAUUUUGGUCAUUGUUUGAUUAUGUUGUGUUAAUGUGCAAAUCUGGUGUGUGUUUGUCAUUCAACAAAUGCACAUACUUCUGCUGUUGCACAUUUAGGCCACAGGAACAUUGUCUUCUGUUUACUACAUCUUGAAGGCAGUAGCACACUCAUUCACUCCUGAUCUAUACUCCAAAGUCUAUUUCGGAAAUUUAUAAAGUGCAAAGAUAAACAAUGGAGUGCCAUAGAGAUUGAUAAAAGUACUUGUGAGAAGCAUUAUACUUAAAUAGGACCACCAUAAGGACAAUAAAGCGUCAGGAUUUAAAAUUAACCAAAGUUUUGUGUUUGCUUAGACCAUCAUUAGUGUUUAUAAAUUGAAUAUAUAAGGUUAUCCCAAACAAAUGGUGCUUGUAACUGUGUGAAGUUGAAUUUGAAACAAUGAUCACCUGUCCUUGUCUAACGGUUCUUCCUUUCCAAUUAGUGGUCUUGUUUCAUCCAUAAGGUGUAAUGUUUAAUUUACAACAGUGCCAGCAUAUUUUAUACGUUAUUUAUUUUGUAUUAUAUUUAUAUUUAUUUGUUGUCUGAAUUUUAAAAUGUAAUGCCUUAUUUAUUUCUUGUGUACUGUAUCCAGCACCAAGGAUUAUUUUGCACUUUAGUUGUGUUUUGCUGUUUGGCUGGUGUGUGUGCAGUGCAAUAAUUAACUUCCUUUGAAUACUUAUAGCAAACAUUGUUCAGUCUCAUGCAUGUUUGUCCACUGUUAGUUGUUGUUAGUAUCUCCAAAAUGGUCCUAUUUCAUAACGUUACAUACAAUUUUCUCAUAAAAACAUUUAACUUUUCACUAGAAAUACUCUGCUAAAGUCUUGUGUCCCUACUUCCUCCAGCUGCUCAGUGGCCAUCCUUCACUUACGAAUAGAAGCCAUAAACAUUGUCUGUUGUUGUCUGUGAUUUGUGCUAACUCCGAGUGUACAUAAGAGAGACAAAAAAUAACCAUGUGAUGUAAAAGCUCUUAAGAUGUUAUGAAUGUAUUGUGUCCUAUGAGCUGCGUG